AUGCUAAGAGGUGCAGCCCUUACCUGGUGGAACAUCGUCAUAUCAACCAUAGAGGUUGCAGAUUUGGCCAAGAUGAGUUGGGCCACGUUUAAGAAGAAGGUACUGGAAGAAUUUUGCAACGAACAAGAGAUGGACCGCAUUGAAGAAGACUUCCGAACCCUCAAGAAAGGAAACUUGUCAGUAAGGGACUACACGCGACAUUUUAUGGAAAAGUUGAACUUAGUGGGGCACGUGGCCCCAACAGAGAAGGAAAGGAUAAAGGCUUAUCUCAAGGGGUUGCCUGCGGACAUGAUGAUUAUGGUUAGAAACUCCAGAGCCUCCACCCUAAGGGAGGCAAUUGAAGAGGCCAAGAUCAUGGAAACGGUUUACGCUAGAGGAAGAGAGGAGAAAGUGGCAGGUGGUGAGAAAAGAAAGUGGGAAGGACAUUAUACACCUUCCAAGAGACCGAAUCAUUCCAGCAACAACAAUCGGGGAGGUUAUCCUAGACAAGAAGCUAAGUGGUGUUCCAAAUGUCGUACUAAACACCAUGGCCCAUGUACUACCAACUCUACUCCUACAAAAUGUUUUAAAUGCGGAAAGCCUGGCCACUCGCGAAAUGAGUGUCCUAUCAAAGGAUCCAUCUGUUUUGGUUGCGGAGAACCGGGUCAUAUCAUGAAUGCCUGUCCGAAGACGAAGUUGGGGGGAAGCCAGGGAAGGAAGGAAAAUAUCCCGAGAGCGGCCGGCCGAGCCUUUUAG